AUGAGAGAGCUUUCCAGAAUAUUACUAGAAUUGAAAAAACUAGAGCCAACAAUACACAAUCUGUUUGAUGGCCUGAAACCGAAGCACUAUGACCAACUAGUUGAAGCUACAAAAUCAGUAGCAAACUACGAUACUGUUAAUGACACAUUUGAUUCUCCCACAUUUGCCAUGAAUAUAAGUACCGCACUGAAACAGUGUUGUGACAUUGCAAUACACAUGGUUAUAAAAAAUGAACCAUCAGUUGAAACAGCUAGCCUCAAAACGAUGAUUAAUUUACUUCAAUCGAAUUGGAGAUUUGAUGUCUGUGGCCGCGCUGGCAAUGAUUUGAACUUGAUAAAAUUCAAUAAAGCGACUAUUGUGCCAUUAGCAACAGACCUUAGGCUUUUAAAAAACUACUUGUUGUUGAAAGCAGGAGAGGCAGUGAACAGGUUGGCUAGAAAUGCUGCUGAUGCGAACGCUUACAAUACUCUGUUGGAGACAGUAUAUUUCAGGGUAAUACUACUGAAUAGAAAAAGACCAGGUGAACUGCAAAGGAUGUUUCUUCGCACUUAUGAGAGUUCUGAAAUUAAAAGUGGCGAAUAUGAAGAAUUUGAAGAAGUCAUAACCGAGGUGGAAAAACUACUGAUAAAAAAUCUGAAAAGAGUUGUGAUACGAGUAGUGUCAGAGCAAAAAGGAAAGAAAACGGAAUUACCUGUAGCUGUCAAUAAGAAAAAGCGUAUUCUUACACCAUGGCCUAGUGAACAGAAGGAAGCAGUAACAUUCUUCUUUAAUAAGAACAUAAAGAUGAAAAAAUCUCCAAAAAGAAAGGACUGUGAAGAAAUUAAAAGUUUAUACCCCGAGUUGCUAGCCAAUAAAGACUCCCUAAAGAUUAAAACUACCAAUAAAGAAAACGCGGGAAAAGGAACAACGAAAUUCACCGAUCGAAGAAGGAAAACAGUUGUUCAGCUGCUAUAUUUGUAACUAUACGAGCCAUUGUAAAAAGGGUUUGAUCGGUCAUAUCAAAAGGAACAAUUGCUAUUUACGAUCUAAUUUGGGAAAAUCACGAUCUGUAUCCAGAAAACAGUAUCUGUAUCGUUGUAUCAAAUGUAAUAAGGUGUUCAAAAGCAAAACAUCACUAGAUAAUCAUUUGGUUAAAAAUCAUGUAGGAUCUAUUGCGUCAGUUUCAUCUAAAAUACAUGAAUGCACAUUCUGUGAUUAUAAAACCGCUUAUAAAGGGGAUAUAACCAGGCAUGUGCUAAAGCAUACUACUAAACUACGCAUAUGCAAACAUUGUAAUACAUCAUUUAAAACAGAACGAUCGCUUUUUGGCCAUAUUUUAAAGAGACAUCCCAACUUUAGCGGGACAGUUUCUAGUAAGAUAUAUGAAUGUAUGCAUUGUCCACAUAAACAAAUAGCUAGGAGUAGUUUUAUAAGGCACCUGGCAAAACAUGAUACUCAAACGACUUUCAAAUGUAAUAACUGUGAUGCUUCAUUCAGUACUAAACGACGCUUAGAAAACCACGUCUUACAGAAACAUCCUAAAUUUGAGUCAUCCGUGUCUUGUAAAAUACAUAAAUGUACACAUUGUGAA